AUGAACAUACCCAGGAGCCAGCAGCCUUUGAUGGCCGAUAGCAGCACGUUGACCCUAGGGACUUACAAGCUUAGAAAGGAUAACAGCAGGGUCUCUGUUCUCACCAAGUACGAGAUCAUCGGGUAUAUUGCCUCAGGAACUUAUGGGCGGGUUUAUAAAGCCAAAUCCAGAGAUCCAAAGAAGCACGACAAGCUAUACGCUAUCAAGAAGUUCAAGGGGGACUCAAGAGACGGUGAAAUUACUCAUUACUCAGGGAUAUCGCAGUCAGCAUGCCGUGAGAUGGCCCUUUGCCGCGAGUUGAACAACGAGAAUAUCACAGAGUUAAUCGAAACCAUAUUAGAGAAAAAAUGCAUAUAUAUGGUGAGUGUGUUUGCCGAGCAUGAUUUAUUGCAAAUCAUUCAUUAUCAUUCACAAAAUGGCAUGCGGCAAAUUCCAGAAACUUCCAUUAAAUCCAUGAUUUGGCAGAUUCUCAAUGGCGUGUCAUUUCUACAUCAAAAUUGGGUUAUUCACAGAGACUUGAAACCGGCUAAUAUUAUGGUUACUUCAGAUGGUGUGGUGAAGAUCGGGGAUUUGGGAUUGGCAAGAAGAUUCAAUAACCCUUUGCAGACAUUAUUUGCUGGUGACAAAGUGGUGGUCACAAUUUGGUAUAGACUGCCAGAACUUCUAUUAGGGGGCAGGCAUUAUACCCCAGCUAUUGAUUUGUGGUCUGUGGGAUGUAUAUUAGGAGAAUUACUAGCUCUAAGGCCAAUGUUCAAAGGUGAAGAAGCAAAAAUGGAUAAUAAAAAAAAUGUUCCAUUCCAAAAAAACCAAAUGAUGAAGAUCAUCGAAAUAAUGGGGUCUCCAACCGUGCUGAAAUGGCCCUCACUUAAUAAAUAUCCGGAUUACAGGGCAUUUCAAGAACUUAGGGUUCAUCAGGCCAAUUUACAGAGUUGGUUCCAAUCCACUUGUGGGAAUUUUAAUAAAAAGAUUUAUCCAUUGUUACUGGAUUUAUUAGAAUAUGAUCCCGCGAAACGACUAACUGCUUACAAUGGAUUAAUUCAUCCUUACUUUUUAGAUGGUGUUAAAGUAUGUGAUAACGUCUUCGAAGGCUCUAAAUUUAAGUAUCCAGCAAGAAAAAUUGCUCACGAUGCCAACUACCUUAACCAAGCUGCUAACAAGAGACAAUACGAUAGUUCCGGAGGCUUACACAUCAAGAAAAAGCAGAGGUAUUGA